UUCGCAUGUUGCACUGUGUGUGGAGAAGCUCAUCUUUCUCCUCUGCACCAAGGCGACUCUUGAGGCUUGGUGAUCACAGUAGUCCUAGACCCAGUUCAGUAUUCUCCUGCCCGAGCAAGUCAUUCACCAGUCAAACCAUCAUGUCAGACAAAAAACGCAAAGCAACAUCUUCAGCUGCUUCUGCUGGUAAAGAGCCCCGUGCUAAGCAGCAGAAGUUGGCCCCCGUGAAGGAGGAAAAGAAGGAGAGAGCCGAGGGCUGGCUGCAGGACCUUGUGAAGCAGCAGAGGACAGAGAAGAAGGAAAUGAUAUUCAACAAAAAGCGCCUCCGCUUUAUUUCUGACACUAAGCAGGCAAAGCAAGGCUCAGAGGGUGUACUGUACUGGAUGUUGAGAGACCAUAGAGUACAAGAUAAUUGGGCCCUGAUCCAGGCCCAGCGGCUUGCUUUGGAGGAGAACCUUCCUCUGCACAUCUGUGUCUGCCUGUUUGUCCCGAAAUCAGAACUGUCUACUCUGAGACAUUACAGCUUUAUGCUAAAAGGUCUGAAAGAAGUUGCAAAGGAAUGCAAGACCUUAGACAUCCAGUUCCACUUGCUGCAUGGUUUGGCGGGGGACGUUCUCCCUGGCUUUGUGUCUGACCAUGGACUGGGGGCAGUGGUGACAGACUUCUCCCCCCUCAGAGAGCCACUGCAGUGGUUGGAGGAUGUUAAAAAGGCACUUCCAAAGGACAUCCCCCUCAUACAGGUUGAUGCCCACAAUAUUGUUCCGUGCUGGGUAGCAUCGCCUAAACUUGAGUACGCCGCCAGGACGAUCAGAGGAAAAAUCACCAAGCUUUUGCCGGAGUUCCUCACAGAGUUUCCUCUGGUAGAGAAACACCCGUACACAGCUACUGGAGCCGCCAAACAAAUAGACUGGGACAAAAUCCUGGUCUCCCUGCAGGUUGACCGGUCAGUUGGCGAGCCGGAGUGGGCGAAACCAGGCACCAAUGGAGGGAUGGCCAUGUUGGAGUCCUUCAUUGAUGUACGCCUUAAACUGUUUGACACCCAACGCAAUGACCCAAAUGCUGCUGCCCUCAGCCAGUUGUCCCCCUGGAUCCGCUUUGGCCACCUGUCAGCCCAGCGUGUGGCACUGCAGGUUCAGCACCGUGGCAAGUCUUCAGGUGUUUCUGUCUCCUCCUUCAUUGAGGAGCUGGUGGUGCGCAGGGAGCUGACCGACAACUUUUGCUUCUACAACAAGAAAUACGACUGCUUGGAGGGCGCGUAUGAGUGGGCUCAGAAGACCUUGAAAGAUCAUGCCAAAGACAAGAGACCGUAUCUCUACACACGUGAACAGCUGGAGAAAGCAGAGACGCAUGACAAGCUCUGGAACGGUGCUCAGAACCAGAUGGUCACUGAGGGGAAGAUGCAUGGUUUCUUGAGGAUGUACUGGGCCAAAAAGAUUCUGGAGUGGACUUCUUCACCUGAGGAGGCACUCUCAAUCGCUCUGUACCUAAAUGAUCGCUAUGAGCUGGAUGGCCAGGACCCCAAUGGCUUUGUUGGUUGUAUGUGGUCUAUUUGUGGCAUCCAUGAUCAGGGCUGGGGAGAGAGAGCUGUUUUCGGAAAGAUCCGCUACAUGAACUACAAAGGCUGCCUGCGGAAGUUUGACGUAGCCCGGUUUGAGAGAAAGUACUGUCCCAAAAACCUUUGAAGCCUAAAAUGCCUUUCUUGCUGAGGAUGUUUUGUUCUCCACUGGCAGUUUCUUUUACUGAAUAUUCAGACAUUCAAAAGUUAAUAUUAUAUUAUGAACUGUGGUGCCUACUUAGUAAGCAUAAAGGUUUUUAUGCUACUUUUGUAUUUUUUUUUUUUUGAGGGUUGUAUUUGUUUGUGAUAAUUAAAUUGUAUAUUCCACAAAAGAUGCCUUGUUUCUCAUAAAUGUUUCAACAACUGAUUCCACAACACCUGCUGUUCUUUAAGAGGAACUCCGAGGACUUCUUUCUUAAAAGCCCUCUUUUCAUACCAAACCAUUUUCUGUUCUGAUACUUGUAUUACAAUUUCUUUAUCCAUUUACGGUUCCUCCAGCUGUAAUUUAUCUGUAACACCUGAACAACACAUAUGUUGCCUAAACGGACUUGUAUGAUUAUUAUUCUUUACUCAAAAGUAAACAUCCGCCCACAAUCACUCGCAUUAAAGUGUAAUUCAUAAUUAAGUAUAGCCACACUUUAAACUAUUGUUAUUUACUGCCCAGCUACCAUGAUGCAUCAUUGACUUUUACAAUAAUUUAAUCAAAGCUGCACAUGAUGGAGGUGUCAAUAUAUUGAUGACAAUAAAAUCAUUUGAUUAACGAAACUUGUGUUCUUCAAACCAAAAUGGGAAACAAAAAAGACAUGUACAGUAUUACAUGCUUGUAUUUGCAGGGACUGGCAUAAACCACAGUUGUAACUGGUUUUACUAAGCACUGAUGUAAUUACGCACAAAAAAUAAAUAAAUACUUCUACCCAACCUAAUUAACUGCACCCUCACUAGUGGAUAAAAACAACCCCAUUUGGGUAACAACACACAUAACACCAUUUCACAAAUUACAAUAUAAAACCUUUAUGCUAUGGGCCCUUUUGUUGUGUUAGUUCAUUACGAGGGAAAGAUGUAUAUGUCUCGCAAGGUUUUGCUUUUAUUGUUCUAAUUUGUUGAAACCAGUUGGUAUGGUUACAGGGAAUAAGAAUAUCACAGUUUGACUAGUGUGAAUAUAGUGUAAAUUACUGGUUUAAGGUUGGCACUUGGCACUUAAAAUUGGCACUUAAAAUUGUUUUAAGUUCCUAUCAUAUUGACUUUUUGCCUUCACAUGCUGUUCAGGAUGAAGAGUAAAACAGUUCUUAUUAGAUUGAGGGGG